UACGCUUAUACGUGUUCUUCUUACUAUCAGGGAGUGAGACAUGAGGUUCAGUGAUGCAAGGCUGAGCAGUCAUUUGCCGCUGGUCAAUACUGCCUGUUCUGACUUCGGCCUUUUUUUUUGGUUUUCAAAUUUUUCUGGGCUAGCAACGAUACUGGUAGUUUAAUUCGCGGCAAGUAAAAUGGCAAGAAGCGAGGAAUUAAUGUUUUUCUUCGAUCUGGACAAUUGUCUUUAUCACAAGAGUCAUGGCAUUCAAAGCUUAAUGCGCAAAUACAUUCUUCAGUAUUUCGACAAAUUAGGUAUUCCCGAGUCUGAAGCUGCUGUGCUACGUGAACGCUAUUAUAUCGAGUAUGGACUCUCGAUAAGAGGAAUGAUUCAACAUCAUCAAGUAGAUCCUGUAGACUUUGAUGAGCAAGUGGAUGGUAGGCUUCCUUUGGAGGAUUUAUUGAAGCCAGAGCCUGAACUUCGAAAGAUGCUGGAGACACUACCCAUGAGGAAAUGGAUCCUAACCAAUGCUGGAUUACAACAUGCAAAAAGAGUAUUGAAGCUGCUGGACAUUGAAGAUCAAUUUGAAGGUAUCACAUACUGCAAUUACAGCGAACCUAACUUUCCAUGCAAGCCAGAAGUGGCAAUGUACGAAAGAGCUAUGAGAGAUGCUGGCGUUAAAGAGCAUAGCCAUUGUUACUUUGUGGAUGAUAGCGACGUUAAUGUUGAAGCUGCCACUAAACUUGGUUGGACCUCUGUACACGUUGCUGACGACCCCAAGGAGUCAAAUGCGGGUGAUUUUCAAAUCGCUGCUGUUACUGAUCUGCCACAGGUGCUACCUGACCUUUGGAAGCAGUAGAAGAGGCUCAGAUGCAAUAAAAUAUUUUUUAUUUUAAUCUUUCGCCUAUAGCAAUACAGAAAGAA